UUGAUCAUGCUCCUCCUCUUCCUCCUCUUCCAUUAAAGGAGCAAACCAAAACCUCACCACCACUCAUGGCAACAAUGGAGAGGUCUUUGCCUGACACUCCCACUUGGUCUAUAGUCACUGUUCUCAUUGCAAUGGUUCUUCUUGGCACCCUCAUCCAUGUCUCCAUUCUUCGCUUCAGAAAGUGGCUGCUUAGGACCCAGAAGAAGCCACUUCUUGCUGCAGUGGAGACUAUAAUGCAAGAUAUUAUGGUUUUUGGUCUCUUGUCAUUGUUAAUGGGGCAUUGGACUGUUUGGAUAUCACAUAUUUGCAUCAAGGAGACUGCAGUAAGCAAUGAGUUUUAUCCAUGUUUGAAGAACGCUUAUGUUAACAAUUCACAUUCUUCUAGAUUUUGGGAGAUAGAGAAGCAUGGUUCUUGCCCUCAGGGGCUCAAACCUUUUGUAACACAUGGAAACCUUGAGAGCCUUCAUCGGUUAUUGCUAGUGCUUGGUGCUAUCCAUGUGCUCUAUUGCUUGUUAACUGUCAUAUUGGCCAUGCUUCAGAUCGACAGCUGGAGAGCAUGGGAAGUUCAGGCAGAGAAUGCAAUCAUCCAAAAUAUGCAAGAUGGACUUGAUGAAGAAAGUAUAAAGCAAAUGUUAACCAAACAUCGAUCACGUGUCAUUUUGGCAUGGAGCAAAAACAAGGUUUUUAUUUGGAUGACUUCUUUUUUCCGCCAAUUUUGGAGUUCAGUGGAUGAAACUGAUUACAUGGCAUUGAGAUUGAGUUUCAUUCAUAUCCACAAGCUCCACCUCUCUUAUAACUUUCAUAAGUAUCUGCUUCGGAGCAUGGACGAUGAGUUUCAAAUUAUUGUCGGGAUCAGUGUGCCAGUCUGGGGCUAUGCCAUAAUUUGUGUUCUCUUAAAUGUCCAUGGUAGCAGUGUUUACUAUUGGAUCUCUUUGCUUCCGUUUCCUUUGAUUUUAAUAGUAGGGACAAAGCUGCAAAAUUUUGUCAUGCACGUAACUCCUAAAAUCAGGAAGGAGAAUCAGAGCAAAGGCAAAAAGCGAUGCAAUGAGCUUUUUAGGUUGGGGCAAUCUAAAUUCUUGUUGUGGUUAGUACAAGUAAUUUCAUUUCAGAAUGCAUUCGAGAUGGCUACGCUAAUGUGGUCAUUGUGGGAAAUCAAUUCUACCUUAUGUUACAUGGAGAAUCAGCUGUUCAUUAUGAUUAGACUGACAGUCGGGAUGCUUUUUCAAUUUUGGAGCAGCUAUUUUGUAUUCCCAUUAUAUGUUAUCGUAACACAGAUGGGCCCAGAGAUGAAGAAGUCUGUUUUCAGCAAAAGUGUUAGAGAAUCACUUCACAAUUGGAGCAGAAGAUCAAAGCAUUCUUUACAAAAAGAUAGUUUUGGCAGAAGCCUGACAACUACAAGUUCUUUGGUCUCUUUGGACUUAACCGACGAUGAUAAAAUGGAUGAGAUAAUACAAGAAGAAAACACAUGCUUAAAUUCUUUUGGAACAGUGAAGAUGCAUCCCGGGAUGGGCCCAGAGAUGAAGCUUGUUUUUAGCAAAAGUGUUAGGGAAUCACUUCACAAUUGGAGCAGAAGAUCAAAGCAUUCUUUACAAAAAGAUAGUUCUGGCAGAAGCCUAACAACUAUAACAAGUUCUUUGGUCUCUUUGGACUUAACCGACGAUGAUAAAAUGGAUGAGAUAAUACAAGAAGAAACACAUGCUUAAAUUCUUUCGCAACAGUGAAGACGUCAAACUCGUGCUUGCCCGUUUCUUGUUCUGAUGACCUCCAUGAAGACAUUCAUGAUGACAAGGCUCCAAGCAUGUCUAACAAUUUGGAUGUUGGUUUUGAAAUUGUUGCUGAUAAUGAAAAUAAUGUGGCAAAUAUCAAUGUAUGAAUUAUCUUAACAUUUUCCUGGUGAUUAGAAUAAAUGAGUUCAAUAUCUAAUCCCUUGAGAUAUGAUUAUUGCCGUUGCACAUGGUAUCAGUUGUCUCUCUUAAUCAAAUAACUGCGAAUUUAAGGAAUUGUAUUAGUGAAUGUUUUUAAGGU